AUGUGCUUAGCUAGAAUUCGAGCACCUAGCAUAGCUCACCUCCUCGACGACAUGUCUGGCGACAAGGGCAUUUGGUACUUCGCCUAUGGCUCCAACAUGCGCUCGUCCGUUAUGAAACGACGAGGAAUUACUGCGCUAGAUGCCAAAUUGGUUGUUGUUCCCUCGCACUAUCUCACGUUUGACAUUUUCGGGAUCCCCUACGCGGAACCCUCUUUUGCUAGUAUCGCCGCCUUCGUGCCAGAAAAAGUGACGAUACUGCAAACAGCAUCCCCUGCAAGGCACACAUUGGUCCCUGCCGCCCACGGUGUCGCAUACCUCUUGACCCCUGCAGACUACCGCCAGCUAGUAAUUAGCGAGGGUGGUGGAGUCGCAUAUAAUGAAAUCGAAGUCGAUGCUAAAAUCCUCCAUCUGGAUGAUGGUGGGCACGAACCAACGAAGCUGGUUGCGCGGACCCUACAGGCCAAAUACCCCUGGGAGCCCAAUGGGUCUCCUAGCGCACGAUAUCUUGGCCUCCUCUCUGAAGGAUGUAAGGAGUGGAAGAUACCUGAAGACUAUUGCACUUAUAUCGACUCGCUUCCCUCAUACAAUCCCUCUCGAUCAGUCAUCACGCGUGUGGGAGGAAUGAUUUUUCUCUCCUUUUGGCGACCUCUCCUGCGUGCUUUAGUUCUACUUAUCAAAGCAAAAACGGAUACUCAUGGACACUGUCCAAGGUGGUUGGGAUGGGUGAUUAUGACUAUGUAUGGACUGAUGUGGAUGUGCCAUGACAACAUUCAAUCCAGGGUUUGGGGAAGGGGAGAUGGCACGAAGUUGAACUUUCUGGCUGUAUGA